UGAGCGGCGGGGGCAGCCGCGCAGUAGCCGUGUGUGUCUCUAUUGAGGUUAUAGAGCGCUCUCGGUAAAGUUCGACGAACGGGCUACGUGUACACGGCGGCGGUACAGGUGUGCGCGUUGCAGGUGCUGCUAUACCAUCUAAUAUACCAUCGGUCUAUAGGUAUAUACUCCUCUCUCGCGCUCGAGAUUUUAUUUUUUCGCGCUGUACUCCCCUGUGUCUCUAUAGGUAUAUAUCUGUAGAACGAGAGAGAGAUAUGGAGAGAGACGUCGAGUACGAGAAGGUCGAGCAAGCCGCUGUUGCAGCGGAGAAGACAGGGGAGACGAAUUUCCGGCCAAGCGCCGCUGCCGCACACAAUCGCAAUCGACGACAACAGCAGCAGCAACAACACGAGGACAACAGCGAAGAGGAAGAGGAGGAGGAGCCCGAGGAAGAGGAGGAAAAUGACGAGGAAGAGGAAGAGGACGAAGAGGCUGAACCCGAGGCUGACGCUGACCUCGAGAAGGAGUCCAAACCCAUUGUCAACAACAAACUGAGAGCAAACUUCAACGAGGACAGACACAACGAGAACAAGCCAGACUUGCACAGCAUUGGGGUGAGGGAUUACCGUUCUCUCAGAAGGCAUCACAUCGGACUGGAUUUGCAGAACAGCAAUAUUGAGAAUAUUCAGGAUCUGGACAUGUCUGAGCACAAGCUGAAGAGAGAACUUGGAGGUGUAGACUACUCUGCAGCUGCCGCUGCAGCAGCCGCAGCUGCUGGAAUGAUACACCAUCACCUUCAGACUGGCAUGGAACACAUGAGAGGCAACACAGGUGUUGACAUGGAGAUUAAGAUACCCAGAGAUGGGCGCAAUUCUUGCUUGGGCUUAGGUUUGUCACUGGAACUUUGUGUUGUGUGUGGUGACAGAGCUAGCGGAAGACACUACGGAGCUAUCAGCUGUGAAGGAUGCAAAGGUUUCUUCAAACGUAGUAUUCGCAAACAACUUGGUUACCAAUGCAGAGGAAGUAAAAGUUGUGAAGUUACCAAGCACCACAGGAAUCGUUGUCAGUACUGCAGGCUGCAGAAGUGUCUAGCUAUGGGCAUGAGAAGUGAUUCUGUUCAACACGAGAGAAAGCCUGUUCUGGGUAGUAAUGAAGCAGGAGCUGGUGGAAAGGGUGGUACUCGUGGCACUCGUAUUAAACCAGAACCACAACCAGUGCCUACCAUUGAAACAACAGCAGCACCUAAUGCUUGGGAACAGCAGCAGCAGCAACAUCAGCCUGAAAGUCCUAAUAUGGAAGAUCAUCAGAGUAGCGACAGCGAUCUUAGCGAUGCCUUAACGUUAGCCCGUGAACGACUUCUAAUCUCUCAAGCUUUAGAUAAUAUGGCUAAACUUAUGGCUGGAGAUAACAUAAAUGGCAGCGGUGAUGGUGAUACAGAGGAAGAUUGGAAUUGUGGUCAAUUACUGUUUGAAAGGCACAUGCAUUUCGAAUUACGAGCUCCUAGUCCAGCUCCAGCGUAUUUGUCGAUCCAUUACAUUUGCGAAAGUGCCGCAAGAUUACUAUUUUUGUCCGUUCACUGGGCCAGAGGCAUACCUGCUUUUCAAUCGCUUCCUUCAGAAAUACAAACGACAUUGGUACGUUGCUCCUGGGGACAAUUAUUUACUCUUGGAUUAGCCCAAUGUGCCUAUACUCUUUCUCUUCCCAGUAUUCUAACAUGGAUCAUAAAUCAUCUUCAAGCUAGUAUUGCUCAAGAAAAAAUGACGGCGAAUAAAAUUAAAUCUGUGACUGAGCAUAUUUGUCGUCUGCAAGACUGUGUCAGUUCACUUCACAAAUUGCAAGUUGAUUCUGUAGAAUACGCGUACCUUAAAGCGCUUACACUUUUCAGUGCAGAUAACGUUCUUGCGGGCGUUUGGCGAAAACGCGUCCAAAUACUGCAAGAAGCCGCUUGGACUGAAUUGCAACAAAGAGUGGGUUCAGACAGAUUACCAAGAUUGCUUUUGCGAUUAGCCCCUCUUCGAUCGAUAAAUCCUCGAGUAUUAGAAGAUCUCUUUUUUGCGGGACUCAUAGGCAGAGUAAGCGUAGCCAGUGUAGUGCCUUACAUACUUACCAUGCAAGACUGUUGCAAAAUGGAGCCUGAAAGUCAAAUGAGAGGUUGACUAAAACGUCAGAUCUAUAAUUCCAAUGAAUUGUAGAAUGGCAUGGCUCCUUGUAAUUAUAAGACGACAAUAACCGAGCGCAUUUAAGCGCGUUUUUUCAUUUAACAAAAUAUCGAACAUGAAAUGUUGUGUUUACUUGUUUUUUUAUUUCUAUAUAUAGAAAUGACAUUCGUGUGUUCACACGUAAGUGUGCACGAAUAGAAAACCGUAUUAAAUUUACUUAAAAUUAACGACAGUAUUUUCUAAAAUGAAAUUUUAUAACGUGCUAUUAUUAACGCAAUGAACAGUAUAAGAAGAAAACGAAUAAAUGAUAAGAAACAUAAUUUAAAAAAGAAAACACCGAUGUAUAGGAAUAUUUUCUUAUCUUUUUCAAAGUAACGAAGAAUUAUUAUAAGUUAGUUGAACCUCCAUAAGAAUGGAAAGGUUUUUGUUGGUAUUUAUUGAGAAUGAUAAUGAUAAUGAUAAUAAUGUUAUUGAUAAAUACUUUAAUAAUAGUAACCUUAACAAAACGUUUAUUGAGGACUGCCUACGUGAUGCGGUCUGGAACUAAAUUCAAAAUUAGGGACAGUUGCAAUGUACAUACAAUGAUAUGAGAUGUGCCUCAACAUUAGUAAAUAUACUUAUAUAUUUAUACAAUGAUUGUAAUUUUGUAAUUAUUAUACAUGACGAUAAUGAAAAUAAAGUUUAUGACUGUCAACUCCACGUA